CUCACACACACCGUCCGGUAGUUGUCAUGGCGAUGGAGUCAGGCCCGGCGUCGGGUCCGGAGGCUGUUGCCAUGGAGAUACCAAUGCGAGGUGCGCUCCCGGUGGUGGAAGAAGACGAAGACUCCGGAGCUCCGGGGUUCGAGGAAAGGCUGCAUCACCGCCGGAGAGGAGGCAGACAGCGACCCGGGCUGCCGUUCAACCGGAGCAGCUACUACAUGCUGGUAGUGAUCGGGCAGAUCGGCACGGAGCAGCAGCUGGACAGCGCCAGAGCGCAGAUCGAGCGGGGAAUCCGAUCCUGGGAUGUCGAUUUGAAGUGCUGUGACCUUGAUCAGCAGCUGCAGCUGUUUAUAACUCGCCACUCGGCCCAAUUCUCCUCCACUGUCAAAGGAGAGAGAACUCUGCACCAUAAAAGCGAUGUCUUAGAGACUGUGGUACUUGUGAACCCGUCAGAAGAUACCGUCGUUUCCGAGAUCCAGUCUCUCGUGACAGAUUCUGCAGGACACAAGCUUCUGGUCUUGAGUGGCCAAAACUCGGAUCACGGUGGCCUUCUUCUUCAGACCGGAGUUUUCACCCAUCAGACCUUUUCACAGAUCUUCGCUGAUCCUGCAGUCAGUGAAUUGCUGGGAACAGCAGCCCCCAAGCAGCAGGCAACACUUACUGUGUCCUGCCGCGGGGAGGUGGGCUGGAGCUCGGUGGGACGGCAGCAGACCCUGCGAGAGUUCCUGGAAUACAAACUUAACCUGGAGCCCCUUCUCCCUAAAAUGGAGGGUGUCACUGAGUUCACAGAGUACGUCUCUGAAACAGUAGAUGUCCCCUCACCUUUCGACCUGCUGGAGCCCCCCACCUCCGGAGGCUUCCUGAAGCUAUCUAAGCCAUGUUGCUACAUAUUCCCUGGAGGACGUGGAGACUCAGCCCUCUUUGCUGUAAAUGGCUUCAACAUCCUAGUGGACGGAGGCUCUGAAAGGAAAUCCUGCUUUUGGAAACUUGUCCGUCACUUGGACCGCAUUGAUUCAAUUCUACUCACACACAUCGGAGCUGACAACCUCCCUGGCAUCAAUGGGCUGCUUCAGAGGAAGAUUGCAGAACAGGAGGAGGAGCAGUCUCAAGGAUCCACAAACUACAGUGACUGGAUGAAAAACUUGAUUUCUCCCGAGCUUGGUGUCGUCUUCUUUAACGUGCCAGAGAAGCUCCGUUUGCCAGAAUCUAAUCUCAAAGUAAAGCGCAGCAUUGAAGAGGCCUCGCUUACUCUGCAGUACCUUAGUAAACUAGGAAUCAAACCAGAGCCCCUGUAUCGAGUGGUCAGCAACACCAUUGAGCCCAUUACACUUUUUCAUAAGAUGGGAGUUGGGAGGUUAGAUAUGUACAUUCUCAACCCUGUCAAAGAUAGCAAAGAGAUGCAGUUUUUAAUGCAGAAGUGGGCUGGCAAUAGCAAGGCCAAAACUGGCAUUGUGCUGCCCAGUGGGAAGGAAGGAGAAAUAUCAGUACCCUACCUGACAUCAGUUACAGCCUUAGUAGUGUGGUUACCUGCCAGCCCUACAGAAAAGAUCAUCAGAGUGCUGUUCCCCGGGAAUGCACCGCAGAACAAGAUCUUUGAAGGGCUGGAAAAACUAAAACACCUUGAUUAUUUGAGGUACCCUGUAGCCACACAAAAAGAUAUUGCCUCAGGAGCUCCUCCAUCUGCCAUUAAGCAAACCAAGUUAAAACAAAGAACAGAUAGCAAAGAAAGUCUUAAAUCCUCCCCUAAGACCACUGCAAAGGCCCCAAAGAAAGAAGCUGAUGGACAGGAUGAUGUGUCCAAUGCCACAGAGGCAAAGAGUGACUCUGUGAAGGAAAAUAUCUCUGAGAAGAAAGAGGAAAAGAAGCCUGCCAAAAUGAUAAAAGCUAAAACUGAAGUGCCAGAAAAGAAAAAAUUAAAAGAAAAAACUUUGAAAAAGCAUUCCAAGGAACGGGCGUCAAAAAUGGAUGAGAAAAAAGACAAGGAGAAAAAAGAGAUAAAGAAAUUAAAGAAAGAUGAUUCUGCUAAAAAAGAUGACAAGAAAGACACCAAGUCCAAAGAGGACAAGAAGAAGGAUGCAUCUAAACCUGAGCUGAGAAAAAUCACCAAGCCUGACCUGAAACCACUGACACCUGAAGUAAGGAAGACCUUGCAUAAAGCAAAAGCAUCAGGCAAAACCAAAACUGUAAAAAGCAAAGUGGCAAAGGCUGAACCUACUGAGCCCAAAGCAGACAUAGCAAAGCCUGACUUUGUCCAACCUGAGCCCAGCGAGGGCGUACUGCUGAGUGGUACAAUGGUCGUCUCCAUCCCUGAGGACCCGAACAAGCAGUUAGAAGAACUGGAAACAGAUAAAGGUAAAGCUGUGCCAGCAGAGCUACCUGUGAAUGAUAAGAUUUCAUCUGAGGAAACAGCAGAAAGCUUGAUCCAAAAGAAGCCUGAAGCACCUGAUACAGCUUCAGAAAUCCCUCAGAAACCAACAUCACCUGAAAAGGAACAAACAGCCCCUUAUGAAGCAGCAAAAACUGAAGUUAAGGCGAAGGAGUCAGCUCAAGAGAAAGAACUGGAAGAAGCUCAGACAUUUGAAGAUGAGGGAGCUGCAUCUCAGGAUGAGGAAGAGGUGGAGGAAGAGCCCCCUGCUGCAGAAAAGAAACCACUAGAAAGAGAGGAAGAAGAGGAGGAAGAGGACAUGGGUAUAGGUGUGGAUGAAGAUGAAUCAAAAUGGAUGGAAGCAAAGGAUGAUGGACUUGACAGGAAACAUGAAAUAGAGGAAAUGGAGAAAUCAGAAUAUCUUUCCGCUAAAGCGUUGACUACACAGGAGUUACAAGUGACUCCAUCCAAAGAGGAGAGAGAAAACAAAACUGUGGUAGAGGAGGAGGAGGAGAGGUUGGAGAAACCUGAACUGGAAGAGGUAGAGGACUUGGAUGUUAUAGCAGAUGAGGAGAUCAAAGUCAAGACUGAAGAUACAGUUGAUGCCAAAACAGGUGAAAUGCUGACGACCACAGCUGUGGAAGGAACCAUCGCAGCUGAGCCUGUCUUCUACAUCCAGGAUGAGAUGAUUCCUGGCUACUCUGAGACAGAGCAAACUAUUUCUGAUGAGGAGAUUCAUGAGGAGGCAGAGGAAAGAAUUCCACACCUCCAGUAUGAUGUGGGUGUUUACGACAUCUCUGUGCCAGAUCAGACAGGGUCCUUUGUAGACAUUCAUGGCAUGAGAGAGAUGCAGGCAGCUGCCAUGGCUGACAAAGGUUUUAUUCCAGGUGUCCAGGAACAAGUAUCUGUUUUCACCAACAUCAUCACUGCUCCUCUGGCAGAGGAAGAGCAUGUGUCCUCUGCAACCUCCAUCACAGAGUAUGAUAAAAUGUCCUCUCUUCCUACAUCUAUUGCUGAUGAUCAGUCAGUGGCAUCUGUGGCUGCUCCAGCUGAGGAACCACUUAAACCCCCAGCUUCUUCUUCAACUGCAGCAGGCGCUGGCCAAGUCAAAGAGCAUUCACGCUCAGCCGGAAGCCUAUCGCCACCUUCUUUGGAGGAGGACAAGCUUUCUAAAUCUCCCUCUAAUGAUUUACAGCUCCCUAUAGCAGAGGAGAGAAAGGUAACUGAAGUUCCUCACAAAAUAGAACAAGAGGAGGACGAAGAAGAAGAAGAGGAAGAUGAAGAAGACCAAACCCCUAAUGUAGAUAUGUCUCUUGAAAAACUUCAAGAGGGUUAUGCUGCAUCCCAUAUCUUGCAGAGCAAAGACACAGUCACUGAAAAGGAUUCUGAUUUUAGAUCUCCUGAAAAGAUUCACCAUGACAUCAGACCAGUUCAUUUACCCGUGGAGGAGGAGAAUAGUGAUGCAGUAGCUCCAAAAGACAUUUCAUCUGUCGUGCCUACAAGACCUUUUGGAUCUGACUCUGUAACUUCAGAGAGCGAGGAGCGUUGCUUUAGUCCAGAUGACAUCACUGUAAAAAUGGCUUCUCCUCCACAGUCUGGACCCUCAAGUGCUGCUCAUUCUCCGAUUCGUCAGUCUCCAGUAGAUUCCAAAACAAAGGUUUCCCUUGACUCUGACCUGCUAAAAGAGGAAGUACUUCCAAAUGAAGUCGUCACAGAGGACAGCCACACCAAAAUGAAAGAUGACCAGCAAAAUGAGAAACAGGAAGAAGUUGACAAACAGAAAGUGGGUCACUCUGAAGAAGCCUCUGGGAGAUCUGAGGACACAUCGUUUGAAAGAGACAUUAAAGAGGUUCUGGUAAUGGAAGAAGAAGAAAGUGCGUCAGUGCAAAAGGAUGAAGGAAAGCAGGCAGAAAUUACACAGCCUGUUGCAUCAUCUUUAACAGAAACUAAACUACCUGUUGGGGCCUUGGAGGAUUCCCCCCCCUCAAUAGAUAUAGAAGACCCUCACAGAGAGCAGGAAGCUAAAGUGCCUGGAUCCAGUAAAUUCCCACUGGAGAAGAGUAGCUCCUUGGAUCAUGAUAAAAAGGAUGAUGAUGACGAUACAUUUAUUAGUAAAGCCUCCAGACUAGAGUAUGAACAACAUAAGGAUGAGGUGUCAAGCCUUAAAGGAGUCAAGGAGGAAGAAAAACAGAAAUCUGUCAUCCAGGAAGCUAUCUCAACAGUGGCAUCGGUCGAGUUUGAGAAGGAAGAGAAACUGUCCAUAAUGGAGGAUAUUUGUGACCAUAGACCAACUGUAGAAGAAGGAGAAAAGGAUGUUGUAAUUGUUGAGGACACUAUUAAAGAUGAACAUCAAGAGACAGAAAAAGAUGAUAAGACAAAAACAAACGAACAAGUACAGAAAGUAGUGGUGCCUUCUGAAGUCAGACAGGUCAAAGAUGAUCAGACAAAGAAAGAGGAUAUACAAGAGGAAGAAUCUGACCUCAAAACGGAAAGUGACGUAAGACAAACAGAGGAGACAGAGCAUGAUAUUAAUGAGAAGAAGAUUUUAAAAGAUGGUGAGAAGAAAGAGAUGGAAAAGGUGGAUACCUUUGACAUCAAGCCCCAUUUAAAAGAUGUUGAUAAGGUCCAAACAUCAGAAGUCAGGGAUGAUAAAGAUGAGUGCCAGAGUGAGGAAAAGAAACAUGAUUUGCCCAUUUCCAAGUCUUCUGAAGAUGAGAAGAAAAAGGAGAAAGCAUCAUCGGAUAUCGAACUGCAAGAGAUUGAAGAAGUGGAAAAAACAGAUGUGUUGGCCAAUAAGCCCUUCACAGACCAUGAAGAGGAAGCGAUAAAAAUAGAUAAAGAAAUUAGUGAAACACACAAAGCUCCUUUCACCACAAAGGAAGAUGAUGAGCAAGAAGCAAUCUCAACAUUCAGCCAAACAAAAAUAGAGAAGGAUCCAAGUGUAAGUAAAGAAGAGAUCACUGCAGACAGGACGACAACUGAAAAGACAGAGAACAUUUCAGAGAAGGAAGAUAUUCCCUGCAGUGAGCCGUACCAGGAAGAAAAUAAAUAUAUAACAACAAGCAAGGAUCAAGCAUCCUCAUUUAAACCUGCCGUUGAAGAAUACAUGAAAGAAGAUACCGCAGCUAUUCAGGCUGGUACGUCUGUGGAAAAGGAAAAGGUGAGUAAGGAGGAACCUUCCAGUAAACCAAUAAAUGAAGAAAAAAUAGAGCAUGAAGAAACUAAAACCACUGAUAGUGCAUUUAAAGUUUCCAAAAUGGACCAAGAAUUUGCUUCCACCCUUACAACAACAGCUAGCAAAGAAGCAUCAGAAACAGCUGAAAAAACGACAACAGCAGGAGAAGAGGAGCACAAGAAAGCCCAUGAAGAUGUCAUAUCUGCUGUCAAAGCAGUUCCGAUGCUGCAAGAAGAUGCAAUACUAUCUGAGCCUGUACAGACUGUCGAAACAGUCCAAGAUGAAGCAACCCCAAAGGAUGCCAUUAAUGAGGCUACAGCCACGAAGCGAGAUGAACAACACAAAGAAAUCAGUAAAGAUAUCUGUGUUGUUGAAACAGAGAAAACAGCAGAGGAGGAGAAAAAACAAACUCCCAAACUGUUCAAGGAGGAACAACUGACAGUUCAGGAUCAUGGUGUAGAUAUCCUGCACUUCAGAAAUGAGAAAGAAAAAACUAAAGACACAAUUUCUGAUGUAAAACCCAGCAAAGAGCAGGAAACCAAAGAAAUGACUGGUGAUUCUUCAGUUCCAGAGGAGCAAAAUAAAGUUGAGAGCAAGGAUGAUACAUCUGAUUUGAACCUUGACAAAGAGGAGACUAACAAAACAAUCACUGAAGAACCCAGUGCAAAGAAAGAGGAUGAAAAAAUCAAUGUUGUUGUAUCUGUUAAGGAGGAGAGGGAAAUGACCGCUGAUACUUCAGCUGAAACUUCUCAGGAUGGAAAGGACAUCAGCGAUAUUACUCUGAAACAAUCUCAUGAGAACAACAGUAGCGACCAAAAAACAAUGACAGAGCAAAUUAGAUAUAUAGACUGCACUGAUGCAACACAAGAAAAAGACAUAGAUAGCACUGAACAUUCCUCUGACACAAAAGAAAAGGAGUUGUCUAAGGUUGAAAGAUUCAAGGAGAAAAAGGAUGAAGUGAAGCAGGAGAGUUGGGCAGUAAAUGAGACAGUAAUUCCACAAACUAGCGCCACAGAAGAGAAAGAGGAUAAAGAUAUUCAUCCCACUGAGUCUCAGUCUAAGGUAACUGAUAAAGGUACACAUGCGGAGGGUUCUGAUAAACUUCCUGAAGUCCAACCAGGAAAGGAAAGCUUUUUACAAGGAAUACAACAGAAAUCUGAGUUGAAAGAUGACAUUGGUAUGUCUCCUCAAGACAUCAAAGGGGGGCCACAAAAAGAAGAUAGUGAAUCUAAGGUUAUUCAUCAGGAAGAGAGAAUGGAGAGAGAAAAGGACGACACACAUGUUGCUGAACUAAGCAAAGAACAGAAAAUGGAGAAAGAACAGGAAAAGGACUAUACUUAUGAGACUGAGGACAUCAGGGAUGAAAAUAGAAAUCCACCCGAUGAUGUAAAGAUGAUUCUGGAAAAGGAUGCUGCAUGUAUAAAAGUGGAUCAUGUCAAAGAGAAAGCCAAACCUGACUACACUGAAGCAGAUCAAUCUAAAGUGGAAAAAUGGGAGAAAGAGGAACUUCAGGAGAAAGAACUGGACAAAGGUGUCAAACAACUAACUCAGGAGAUAUCAGGAGACGCAGUGUUAGCCCCCAAAUCAGAUUAUAAACCUGAAUUUGUGGUCCAGUCAUCAGAUGAGGACAGAGAAGAUGAAGAAGAGGAGGACAUAUGUAUGGGAGGAGCAGGUUCUCGGCCUUUGUCAGUGGAGUCAAGAAAAUCUGACCAUGAUAUUUCUUCUGUGUCCACAUCUCAAACUCUGCAAAAAAGUGACCAGAGUGAACCCCCUUCUUCUCAAAUUCCCACAGUUAUCAUACCUACCCUGACGAUGCAAGAGCCAUCCCUGGAUGAGGACAUCAAAGACCCUGAAAAAGAAGACACCAGACUCUCACCCGAGGCUGACAGAGAUGUUAUGAAAACAGAAACCACAGCGGCACCACUUGCUAAGCCAGAGUCGACUUAUGAUAUUGUGAAAGCCAAGGAGGAGGAAAGAGUUUGCAGUAGUGCCACUGUUAAAGCUGAACCAGUGUCAGAAAUGGCCGAGACAAAGCCUGUGUUAUCAGCAAUGUCUAGCACUGACAGCCAACCAAGGUGUGUCAAACUUUCUAGCACAGAAAGCCAAUCCAGUGUGGAGGAAACACUCGAUCAAGAGAAACACAUGCUGCCUGAGGUGAGCUCAGGUGUUUGUGGUAAAGAAAUAACCAAGCUUGAUGAGAAACAACCAAAAGAAGCAGAAAGGGAGAUGGAAGGAGAGAGAGAGGUGGCAUCUCCAGGUCUUUCACAACCGUGUUCAUAUUUCAUGAUUGAUAAAGAAUCUGAGGGUGCAAGAGAAAGUGCUUCCAGUGGAAAAACUCGUGAAACAAUUAGUUUAAAGACAGAGAUCAGAAGUGAAAGCCUUAGAGAUGACAUAGAAAACUUUGGUGCAUCUAAGUAUGAUCCAGAUGAAAAGCCCAUCCCGACGUACCAAGAACUAGAGAGGGGAGAAGAUACAGAGGUUUCUCUAGGUUAUGAUCCUGCUUCAGAUAUAUGCAUUGAUGAUAACCGCAGAGCAAGCCAGACAGAGGCUGGAGGAGCCAUGUUUCUCUUAGAUGAUCAUUACAAAGAGGAACCCCUGUCCUUCAGCAGAGUUGACUACAGCCCAGUCUCCCUCACAGAGAGUGAAAAAAGCAACUACCACAGCCGAAGUGCCUCACCAAGAGCUGAGGACAGAGAGAAAGGCCAAGAGGAGGAGAGUCAGAGAGAGGAUAGAGUAGCUUCACCUUGCAUUGACAAGAGCUAUUUCUCCACAAACAUGCAAGACAACAAAACAUCCCAAGCAGCUGAGUCAUAUCCAUUUAGCCCCAAAGAGGACAAACCUGAAAAAUCAGAGAGAGAGAAAGAAGAAAUGAAGGAAGGACACGUUCCAACUUCUCAGAUACAAUCAACAGAAGAGACUGAAAGAAUUUCUACUGUUGCUGCUAUUCAACCUCCAUCCUUCUCAUUAGCACAGGAAACAAUCUCUGCAUCAAGGGGCUACUCAGACCUAGGUGCUACCAGUAAAACUUAUGGAGAAAUCACAGAGAAGGAGAAGACUGAAAAACUGAGUGAAAAGUCUGCUGAGUCAUUCAGAGACAAAGAGGCAAGUUCCGAUGGUCCAAAGGAAAAGGAAGGCUCUCCAUGUGGUCGGCGUUCGCCAGCUGAAAAAGAUAUUUUACCUCCAAAUACCUCAGCUUCAGUGACUCAAGGUACAGCAACGGAUUCCAGGAGCUCUGCUGCAGCCACCUGUGUAGGUCAUGAUAUAGAUGAUAAUGUUCUGGCAUCUGAUUACAGUAAAACUAGCAGCUCUGUUCCUUUUAAAUCAUCAAAUCUCUCUGAGGCAAAAGAGACUCUGAUGGACAAAAGGCUAUUGGUAGAGGGAGAGGACUUUAGUGUUGAUGAUGAUGAGGAAGAUGAAGAUGAAGAGGAGGAGGAAGAGGACAUGUCGAGUGAUGUAGAUAUAGAAAAGGGGGCAAGGGAGCAGUCCGAAAAAGAAAUGUGCCGCCGUGGUUCUGAUGACAGUGCUAAGCUGGAGGAUACGGAGGACUCAAAUAAAACAUCUCAGUCUGAAUUGCGUUUUCUUGAAGAGCAGUCUGCCUGUAACUUAACUACUGAUGAUGGCUCAACUUUACAAGACAAAGAUGCAAGCAUAUUAGGUGGAGGCGACAAAGAGGAAAAAGCAAUUGGAGAUACAAUGGCUUUAAAUCCUCUUAAGAGAAAGAGUCCAGAUGAAAAAGACUCUCAAGCACAAGACACACAAAAAUAUUCUGAUGAAACAAAAGUAGAACACAAAGACAAAGAUUAUUUAACUGAACUUUCAACAUCAGUGCUGCCAGUAAUUGGUCAGAUUUCUUCAUCUGAAGUGCUAAAGGAAGAUGGGGCCAACAUUUCAGAUACAUUGGACUCUCUCUUUGUAAAGAAGGAGACAGUAGAGUCAACAUCUAAGAGCACUUCGUCAACCAGUCCUUUGACAUCUGAGGAUUCUCAGCUAAUGUCUAAGCCUACAUUCAGUCCUUCUCUGUCUGAGAGUGAGGCUAGUAUUCAGCUGAGCAGAUCUGGAGAUUCUUCUGAGCAUCUGCCUAGUGAGAACAGUCAGGUUGGUUCGCAUUUAGAAAAGCAAGAACCAUCUGGACCCUCAGAUGCUUCCAGGCAGUCUGAGCCAAGUGAUAGAUACUUCAGUCAAAGCCUAAAGAUCCGCCAGACCACAGACACCUCAUCUGGUUGCUCCUACACCACCCUAUCAUACUCUUCAUCAGCACAAUCCUCUACAUCAUACAGUUAUGCAUCUUCUGCCUCAGCCUCUGCUCUUUUAAAGCAAGACUUGGGAAAGCAGAUUGCAGCUUUCACAAUGCCAACUACUGAGGUACCUUUAGCCAAAGAGGAAGUUCAAGGAUCUGCAAGCUCUUGCUUCGGAGGUUUUCAGAGAGAUGAAUACCUGGAGGUGAUGACGAAGCCUGAAGGAGAUGUAUCACAACUACCAUCCCUGGGCUCAUCUGCCACUCCAAAGCAGCCUGGGGAUCAAGGGGAAAAGCUAAGCACUGGGAUACCAGCCUCAACCCCUGCAAGUUCUGUUCCAGAUAGUCCAUCUGCAUCAGAGCCUUGCUUUCACGUCUCUCCUCUCCAAAGGGCUGACUCCUCUAAGCAGGCGUCCAAGGACAUGGAGCCUAAAACACUUGAAAUGGAAGAGAGCACCCUACCAUGUCGCAUUGAAUGUCAAAAAAUCCAAGUUUCUGACUCCAGUAAGGCUUUCUCCUCAAUUACUGAAUCGUAUUCAGAAGAGAGUACUGUUCAGUUAACAGAGAAACAAACAUUCCCCUCUACCAGUACUGAGUUUAAAUCUAGUGAGAUGAUAGAAACAACUCAAUAUGCAGCCUCAAUAACUCCACCCAAUGGAGCCACUCCAACCUCAUGUGCCACACAAGACUUAAAAGAUAAAAAGGCAGAGGAAGAUUAUUCACCUAUGAAGGAAGAAAAAGAAAAAAGUGGAAAUUAUGAAAAGACAGAGACAAUAAGGGACAUAGGAACCAAACAAAAGACAGAAGAGAAGAAACUGGAUGAAAAGCCAACUGAAGAAAGAAUUACAGAAGAGAAUAAAGAAACAGUUGACCAUAAGGUCAGUGGAAAACUAGAGACUGGGGAAAAGGGAGAGGCAAAAAGGGUGGAGGACAAAAGCUUACUUGAGAUGCCAUCAGAAAGAUUGGUAGUGAGGAGAAAGAGCAGUUUAUCUGACUGGGAGCUCCUGCAGAGGCCCGAAGACUACCCAGGUACCCCUCCACCAGACUAUGAUGAUGGAGAAGAAGAUGAGGAUAAGGAAACAAUGAAUUGGGGGGCCACUUCUCACAUGUCAGUGUCCACCUCAGCAGACCCUUACCAUACGGCAGUGGCGAUUAAAGGAGAUAUAAAGACUGCUCGUCCCUCUGACCUGAAUACUGGGGCAACCUCUUCUCCCUGCCCUGAAAGCUACUCCUCCUGCGAAUAUAAACACAGCAAAGGAGAAAUCUCCCCCUCUUUCAUCAAUCCAAGUCCUCAUCACCUCUCCAGUGAUGAUGGUGAACAAGAGGGACACAGUGACCACUCCCAGGAAGGAGACGAGGAUGAUCAUGAACAACACUCAGUUAAAAGGAGAUCACACAAGCACAGGCGCCAUCACCAUAGUGAAACUGGGCAGGGGACACAUCAGCUGCCUGGGGCAAUGUCGUCUGGCUUGGCUGUCACAUUAGCUGGGGAAGAAACACCUCCAACAUCAGUGAGUGAGUCGUUGCCUUCACAGUCAGACUCCGAUGUCCCUCCAGAAACCGAGGAGUGUCCCUCCAUAACCGCAGAGGGAAAUCUUGACUCUGAUGAAGAUGCAGAGCAUCUGCCAGUAGACAAAUCUGCCUCUGGAGUAGGGAGUAGCCACUACGGAUCUUCACCACGCUCGUCUCAGAAACCCCAUGACCCCCUCCCAACCCCUAUAAAAGACCCCUUGCCCCACCCUCCCCAUCCAGACGUCUGCAUGGUCGACCCAGAGGCUCUUCUCAACGACCACGGUGGCACGGAAAAGCUUUUAAAGAAAAAAGGCCUCAGAAAGGGCAAACCAAAGUCUGCAUCUCCGGCGCGUAAAGGAGAAGCCAGGAAAAGGUCCUCUACUCCUGUGAAGUCCAAAGACUCGGCCUCACCCCGAUCCUCCUCGCUCAGGAGAAAGGACACAGAGAGAAGCUCAAGACUGGUCAAAAUGUCUGAAAUGCAAGGCUCAAGGAGUGAGCUGCUCAACCAUGGGAAAGGGUUGGUCAACGGCGUGAAGAGCGGUCCAGCAAACAGCUCCCAGAAAAGCAGUACAGCUGUUCCGCAAGGACCACCUGUGUAUGUAGACCUGGCUUAUGUGCCCAACCACUGCAGCGCUAAGAACGUGGACCAGGAGUUCUUCAAAAGGGUGCGGGCUGCAUACUAUGUGGUGAGCGGGAACGAGCCAGGGAGCGUCGAGCCUAGCCGUGGAGUCCUGGAUGCUCUGCUGGAGGGCAAAGCUCAGUGGGGCUCCAAUUUACAGGUCACAGUGAUACCGACUCACGACACAGAGGUCACCCGGGACUGGUACCAGCAGACCCACGAGAGACAGCAGGACCUGAACAUCAUGGUGCUGGCUUCCAGCAGCACCGUCGUCAUGCAGGACGAGUCGUUUCCAGCUUGUAAGAUCGAGUUCUAAGCCUCGCCCCCGUCGUCACCACUGCCUCUCAUUCCGCCGUCCCUCCAUCAUCCAGAAAUAGAACCAGAGCAAACAGAGCUCCAUGCUCCAUCCCUGUAGAAAACAGUCGCUACAGCAGUUGAUAAGUGAAACUCUAGGCCUGUGAUAUGUGAUAGUGGGGUUUAGAACGCAAAUAAUGCUAAACUUGUCACUUUCUUCACUGACCCAGUCCCAUUAAAGUGAAUCUAACGUGUGACUAGCACUGAUUAAAAACCUUCUCCCAGUAAAAACAUCUUUAAUAAUCGGACUUAAAUCAGAAUUAAUCCGCUAAAACUGAUUAGACUGUUUAUAGGAAGCACUCUCUAUAUUUAAAGCUCUGUUCUCCAGCACUUCACACAAAACAUUUCUGAGCUCAGUAGCAUUUAUUUGAUCUCAAUAACGACACAAGUAAAUGUUUUUGAAUGAAAUUACUUCUACGCUUCUUUAGUGGUGAUUUUCCAGGAUGUUCCCCCUCGCCAGCUCCUUUUAUCUUGGCUUUCACAGCUUAGCUGCUGCAUGAUGCUUGUAGCUCAGAUUGGUCUCAGUUUGUUGAACGCAGCAUAGUGUUAAUAGAUUACUGCAAUCUUUGGCUGUCUACACUCAAGUGAAAUCUGUAGGCGCUGGACAAAGGAAUGCUUCUAUUGCUUUAAACUUACACAAGGUUCCAUAGCUGUUUUUUUUCCAUCACACAUUUAGAGUUAUUAGUGUUUAUCAGCACCAAUGGUCUUUCUGUUAAAUUCCUGGGUUAAUACAGCAAACAAAUAGAUGUUUCUCAUGCUUAGAGAAGAAGGCAAAAAAUAAGCCAUUAAGCCGUCUUUGUCAACACAACAACAAAACCAUUGAGAAAAAGCAUGAAGUGACCUGUGACAAAUGUAGCAAAGCUCUUCUGAGUGGCCCCUUCUCAGGCAAAAACAUAUUUGCAGGAUUGGAUUUAUUUUGCAGGACAGAAAUGUGUGAGGCGUCUGCAGGUGGGCUGCUCUUACUCUACGUGCCUUUAGGUGGGGAUAUUUUGAAGACUUGUCAGCCAUUUUGAAAGGUGGGUCAAGAUGAUGGAAGGUUCAUAAGACGGACUGAACAAAUCACAUCCGAGCCACAGCUGAAAAAUACUGUAUCACAUGAAGUUUAUGGUAAUUGCACACAAAAACAGAACCAUUAGAGCUGCAUUUGUCCCACUUUAGAUUCAGACUUGAACCCUGAAUAUCAGGUUUAAACCAAAUAUGGAUGCACUUUUCUGAAAGAAAUUGGGGAGGAGAAUUUAAAGGUUGAGUUUUGUUGGUGUUUGAGGUACGAAUCGUCGGUGUCACGGAAGAGAAUUCAGACGUGGAAGUUAAGAUAUGCAAGAAUGAGACGUUCCUCCGUAACUGUAUUUCUGUGCUUGUUAAACACCACAUAUUUUAAGAUAGCAUCAUUUUAACUGAUAUGCAAGUUUUACUGUAGUUGAGUGGCACUUUAUUUUUUUCUGUUAAAAUAAGAAUCAAAUUUCAGCCAAUAUUUUGCCUUCCAUUAUUUAGAUUAAUAAAGUUUGAUCUCCAGGAGGCGGUGGUGUUUCUUUUACACAUGCAAAUCUGAAUCAGCUCAGUGAAAGGAGUUCCUUCUUUAUUUCAUCACCUAUCAAAUAAAUUAGGAACUUUUUAUCUAUAACAGUCUAAAGCUUCACAAGAACUUUUUGACUCACCUGACCGUGUAUCCCGCUUUCUAUGGAGUAAAUUUUGUUCCAUUCUUGCUAAAAGCAAAGAGCCUUUGAAAAAAGAAAAAUUCUUAAUCAAAAAAAGGUUUUGAGAGUAACUUUUUCAUAUUUUAUGGUUCAAACCAUUUUUGAAAAAAAAUCAAAUCUUAGAAAACAACAAAGUUACUCUUGAUACCUUUUUUAUGAAGUAGUUUUUUAAAGUUUGAUUUUUGGAUUGAAUUUUUUUUUUUUCAAAUUUCGGUUUAAAAAGUUUUCUUUUCUUACAACAAUAAUGGAACAAAGAUCACUUCAGACUUUUCACAAUAAUCUCAAUCAAAGGGAACUCUGCUGCUAAAAAAGGAAUUGAAGGGAAAUUUGUUAACCGGUGGAACAAGGUUUUAAUGGAUAAAUUUGUACUAAUAGAAAGUUUUGACCAGUCUUAGUAUUUUGGAUCUUUAAAUAUGAUUACAUGCAGUCUUUAAAAACUGUGUAAUGCUAACUUGUAAGCUACAAAGCAGUUUCCAGUUUUGGCUUCUCACUGGCAUUGCAUACAUAUUUCAGAACACCAGGGGGCGACGAUCUAUUGACCAGAUAAACAAAUAAGCACAAGAAAAUUGGAUUUUGUGAUGCAACAGGCAAAUCUCUCUUCUUUGAGAACCCUUGGAGGAGAGCCACAUCGCCUCGAUAGAAAAAAAAAAAAAAACACGACCGCCAUCGCGGACUGUUGUUUAAGCAAAGAUUAACCUUAUUUCUAGCGAUUUGUUUCAUCUUAAAAGAGGAAUCUUGCUGGCUGGCACAGCCACACAGAGGAACUUUAAAACAAAAGACAACACAUUAUUGCUGCCAAUUCCAGCCAGUCAGAUAGCAGUGCCAAUUUCUUUUGCCGAUUAAUAACACAGCUGUAUACCUCAUCUCUAAACUGUGCUUUCUGCUGUCCUAGUUUUAAAUAGGCUCUUUCUAACCUAUUAUUGACAAAUUAGUCAUUUUGAAGAAAUGAAAUAUAAACAAGAAACAAACAGCUGAGAACGCACAAAUGAACGGUCUUGGUCAGCAAAAAGCUGACUCACUGAAGGGCAUAACGAAGGGUUAAAGGGAUAUCUGAAUGUCUCACAAAUGAUCACUUUCAUUUUUUCUUUAUUAAUGCGAGUAGUUUGAUACAGAAAGCUGCUAUAUAUUUAUUUUUAAUGUGUGCAUUAGGUUUGUUGGAUGCUUUGAUUCGUUCCAAUGGUUUGUUUUGAUCAUUUUGUAUUUGAAGUAGGCAAAUUCCAAAUACUGGGCCUUGGGGUUCCCCAGGCUGGAAGAGAAGGCUGUGAAUCGCUCAGUAAUGAACUGUGUACCCUCACAGGAGCUAAAUGCACUGUACAGGUGAUCUAUUUUUCUGAAUGUAGAGUUGGUAUGACCACAUGAAUGCUGAUGGGUUAAAAAUAUAAUAAUGUGCAAAAAAGAAGAAAAACAUAUUUAUACCAAGAUAAAAUAGAAGACGGACAGCGUUGCUUGUGGUUCAGCAACAAGGAAACACAAAGACAUUUCUAUCUCAUGAUUCCAGGACAAUUUCACUCUACUGCAAACACGUGAACAACAGAAGAUGAAUAAAACUCACUGCAGCUGCAUUUUUUUUCCUGAAUAUGACUUGAAACACGUGCAGACUCAAAACCAACAGAGGUGAAACGCAAACAUUUACUAUAACCUACCGAUCUUUACAUAUCGCUCUGAAACAACAAACCUGACAGAUAACAAACUAUAGUGACAAGCUUAUCCAAACUGCUUAAACAACACAAUAAACCAUCAAGCUACAGAAAGGAAAAAAACAAAGCGCAUCUUUCAGUUCAGUAUCCAUGUCCAUAGCUGCGUUAGAACUAAAGACUAAAGUCAUUCAGAAUCAGCAUCUGGUGUCAUCCGUCCAUCUAAUCUCUGCAUGUGAUUUAUUUAGUUAUAAUCCUGAAUGUAACUGUUUAACAAGAAGAAAAUAAAAAAGAUACAAUGCUAUUUUAAAGAGGUAUAUUUGAAAAAUGCUUAUUGUCUUAACCUGUACUGACAUGAACUACAGUAAUAUAAUCUUGGGCUGUGCUUUUAUUGUUUGCCCUAUACAAUGUUGUUAAGAAGACACCGUAUUGGUAGUUCUGUUUGAUUUUCUCUCUUUCUCUUUAGUUUCUGCAUUGUAUUAAUCUUAUUUCUGUUUUUUCUUUCUCUGUGCAAUAUGAAAUAUCUCUCUGUCUCUUUAAAUCUGACUGGUAAAACUAGAACUACUGCAGCUCCAUUGUAAAAGGGAAACAGCCUGUUGAUCAUCAAUUAAACUACAUUGAAAUCUA